AUGGCAUCCGCGCUUGUAGUAGAACCUAGCCUGGCAGCAGCGCCAGCGCCGCAAACAGGGGUCGGGGCAAGGGCAGUCGGUCGCCGGCAAGGACGCCAGUACAAGUGCGCAUACUGCUCAAAAGUGUUCAAACGCAGCGAGCAUCGCUUGCGCCACGAGCGUACUCAUACUCACGAGAAACCGUUUUCUUGUCGGUAUUGCAAGAAGUCGUACUCGCGAAAAGAUUUAGUCGUACGGCACGAGCGAACUCUUCACGCCCAAGAACAUAAUGAUGAACAAUCAAUCGGUGGCUCGCUCACCAGCCCUAGCUCUACACAAGAUCGUUCCCCAGUCUCAGCCGACGAUUCGGUGCGCCCCGAUCAACCGCCGCAGCAUUCGCAGAGGGGUCAGAACAGAGGCACACGAUCCCCCAAUUCCACCCAGCGCUCUGCCGAUGCCUUUUCCACUAGCAAUGUCCCAGCUCAACCUUUGCCGACGCCAGCAGAUGAGAGGGCUCCUGAGAUACCGGGCUUGGCAUCUCACGAGGACCUGAUUCUACCAUCAGGGCCAGAUAUUUCAACUUACCUCAACGAUCUCAAUGAUUUCAUGUUCGACGCAGAGGACGGUAUCACAAUGUACGACACAAGUGCAGCAGUAUAUACCACAGCUGGCAACCUGCAACAAAUAAUACCCGGGAGUCAAGAAAAUCCAGAGAUGCAUCUCGAAAUGCAAGCACGGCAGGAUUCAGCUCUUUUGAACACGGCGGCAUCCCUACCGAUACCUACAGCUCCAUCUCACACGUCCACAACACAGAUAAGCUCUGCCAAUCAGCCGGAUCUCAUGUUCACUACGGAUCUGAAUCAGCUUCACCACCAGUCAUCAUCAUCCUUCAUGGGAAACAGCGACGUUCCGCCUUUCCUUGACGGAACCUGUGGCUGGUCAGCACCUCAAACAGCUCAAGUAAAUGGAAAAUGUCCAGACGCCACUGGCCAUGUACGGGUUACGCAGAAGCCACAGCGAGCUUUGCCAUGCUUGCGCGAGGGCACACCACCUUCGGCACCAGACUUGAAACUUGACAAGGAUGUAUUCGAAGCUUUGAGCAAAGACCUUGCUUGCCGUAUUAACAGUAAUGAUCCACCACAGCAGUUGCCCAAUGCUUCUCUAUGCCACGGGUUUCUAGGUAGCUAUGUAGAGUGCUUUGAUCAGCACCUCCCCAUGAUUCAUUGGCCUACACUGGAUCUUAAAUCGACACCCAGCCCGUUGAUAUUCUCCAUGUGCAGUAUUGGAGCUCUCUAUCGACUAGACCGCCGCCGGGCUCGUAUAUUUUAUGACUUGUCUUCGCGAGCUGUUGCCACAACUCUCCCUUGUACGCAGACACACGAGUCCUUUACACGACAUGGCCCAUUGUGGGCAGUGCAAGCCAAGAUUCUUCUUUCGAUGUUUGCUAUGCUGAGUGGAGAGGAGGACUUGACAUCAUCGUCAAUGAAUGAGCACGCGUUCUACACACUAGUCUACAGUAAGCAGAGACAGUCCCUCGCAGAAGACAAUGCACAGUCUAUGGUAUCCUGGGCCAAUUGGGCCAAGAGAGAAACAUGGAAACGAGUUCUAGGCGCCAUCUACAUCUCAAGCACUCUGUACAUGAUCAUAUAUGGUAUCAACCCGUGCUUCAAUGCCACAACCGACCUAGAGUACGAGGCUCUCGAGGAUGAAGAUCUCUGGAAAGCCACAUCAGCAUCCGAUUGGCUUGAACUACGCGCGCAGAAAGCAGCCGCAAGAAAAUCGAGCUCCUGCACCAUGAAAGAUGUUCUUCAAUGCAUCUUGUUGGAGAACCCCGAGGGACAAUCGAAUCCAGGCCAUGUCUGGCCAUUCGCCAUGUUGGUUCUUACCCAUGGCGUUGUUGUCCAUAUUUGGCAAAUCGUACAGGUGAUGCAGACUUGCUCUCAAGUCUCUUAUCUGUCCGCAGACGAAAGCAAUACCUUCGCGUCCCGUAUCCUUGAUCUGGGCAUCACAUCUCUCGGGAGAUGUCAAUCGUUCCUCGCGGGGAACAAGAAGGACGACUUGGAUCUUCCAGAAGAUUCUCAGGUGGCAUGCCCGAUAUUCGCAUCUCGUUCCGUCUUGAGAGUUGCGUAUAGUCAACUUUUCAAAACUGCAGUCAGUUUCAACCGUUUCAACCUAUUUGCCCAGGACCCGAGCACUAUCGAGGUUCAACUGUCCCUAUUUGCAAACGAACCCAUACGCAUGAAAAGAAGUCCGCAACUCGUCGACGUUCUCAGGAACAUGUUGGAAGGACUGAGUGUACCAGUCCGGAUGGGAUACAUGCUCGUCCGAAAAACCGCAUCUUUUCGCUGGAGCGUGGAACAUGCUGCGGCAUGCUGGGAUACAGCGCUCUUCAUCACCAAGUGGGUUCAUUGCGUAGAACUGGAUACAUUGCGCAAUAUGGAAAUCAGUUCAACGGAAUGUGAGCUUUUAGCAGAAGUCCGCGAAAUCCUCAGCGAAACAGAUAUCGACCUUGAUCAGACGCAAUCCCUUGCAGCGGGGAUGGCUCGCACCUGGGCUUGGCUUCUUCGAGAUGUCUGGGUUUGGGGAAUCACUCCCCGGUUAGGUGCUGUUCUGGACCAGCUCGCAUCCGCGUACGAGCGCUUUCACAAAUCGUGCCGGACCAUGCCCAUCGGCUCCAAUAUACAAUAG